AUCGGAAGUCAAAUCUGCGAAAGGAACGAUGUCUGGAAAUCUAGAUAUCGACGAAAGCCUGUAUUCACGGCAGCUGUACGUGCUGGGGCACGACGCGAUGCGUCGUAUGAAGACAGCUGACGUCCUGGUUGCUGGAAUGAGGGGGCUUGGAGUGGAAAUCGCUAAGAACAUCAUUCUGGCCGGAGUCAAAUCUGUAACAAUUCAGGAUGAGGGUCUAACACAGUGGGCAGACCUGUCUUCUCAGUUCUACCUGGGGGAGUCCAGCGUUGGUCAGAACCGGGCCGAGUGCUCUCUGCCCCAGCUCUCUGGCCUCAAUGGCUAUGUCCAAGUGUCUGCCCAUACUGGGCCACUGAGUGAGGACCUGUUAGCCCAAUUCCAGGUGGUAGUGCUCACUGACUCUACCUUGGAUGAACAGCGUCGCUUUGGAGCAUUCUCUCACUCCAACGGCAUCAAAUUCAUCGUGGCUGACACCAAAGGCCUGUGUGGGCAGCUUUUCUGUGACUUUGGAGAGGAAUUUGAGGUGACGGAUUCCAAUGGGGAAACUCCUGUUUCUGCCCUGAUCAGUCAUAUUUCCAAGGCAAAUCCUGGAAUUGUCACUUGCACAGAUGAGCAAAGACAUGGGUUUGAAGAUGGAGAGCAUGUGACUUUUUCUGACUUGCGAGGCAUGACUGAGCUAAACAACCGUGGACCUGUCCAGGUGAAAGUCCUGGGCCCAUAUACAUUCAGUAUCUGUGACACCUCAGGCUUUUCUGAGUAUGAGAGGGGUGGAAUUGCCACAGAGGUCAAAGGGUCAAAGAAAUUCACCUUUAAACCCCUGAAUGAAGCUAUUGUUGAACCUAAGAUAGUCAUGACUGACUAUGGAAAAAUGGGAAGGCAUCAGACAUUGCAUUUGGCCUUCCAAGCCCUGCAUGGCUUUGUGAAGACAAAAGGGAGACUACCAAAGGCCAGAGAUCAGGCUGAUGCUGAAACCCUGGUCUCCAUGGUGAGGGAGCUGGCCUGCGAUACUCAGCUGCAGCAGCUGGAUGAGGACAUUGCGCGGAAGCUGUCCUUUACUGCAAGGGGCGACCUUGGCCCGGUCAAUGCGUUCAUCGGGGGACUGGCUGCGCAGGAGGUGAUGAAGGCCUGCAGCAGGAAGUUCAGUCCCCUGCAGCAGUGGCUGUACUUUGAUGCCCUGGAGUGUCUCCCUGAGGAGGAAGAGCUGCUGAUGGAAGAUGCCUGCGCACCUGCAAACUGCCGGUAUGAUGGACAGAUUGCUGUGUUCGGGUCAGCCUUUCAGGAGAAGCUCGCCAAGCAGAAGUACUUCCUGGUUGGGGCUGGUGCUAUAGGUUGUGAACUGCUGAAGAACUUUGCCCUGAUUGGUUUGGGAGCUGGAGAGGGUGGGCACAUCACAGUGACGGACAUGGACUCCGUCGAACGGUCAAAUCUGAAUCGACAGUUUCUCUUCAGACCCCAAGACAUUGGAAGACUGAAAUCAGAGGUGGCAGCAAAGGCAAUCCAGGUCAUGAACCCAUCUGUACGCAUCACAGCGCACCAGAACAGGGUCGACCCAGACAGCGAGCGUAUCUACGGGCACCGGUUCUUCUCAGCUUUGGACGGAGUGGCAGCCGCGCUGGAUAACGUGGAAGCAAGGGUCUACCUGGAUGGGCGGUGUGUUCAGCAUCAGAAGCCAAUGCUGGAGGGGGGCACGCUCGGGAGUAAGGGCCAUACGCUGGUGGUCGUGCCCUUCAUGACUGAGUCGUACGGUCCAGCCAAGUCUUCAACUGAGAACACCAUCCCGCUGUGCACCCUGAAGAACUUCCCCUACCGCAUCGAGCACACCCUGCAGUGGGCCAGAGACCAGUUUGAGGGGCUCUUCAAGCAGUCAGCUGAAAAUGUCAACCAGUACCUGACUGACCACAGGUUUCUGCAGCGCACCCUGGACCGCGGGGAGGCCGAGGCACUGGAGAUCCUGCAGGGUCUGUGUGACAGCAUUGGAGAUCAGCGUCCGGCCUGCUGGGAGGACUGCGUGGCCUGGGCUCGCCGCCGGUGGGAGAGCCUCUACAGUAAUGACAUUCGGCAGCUGCUGCACUGCUUCCCACCUGAGCAGAUGACAAGUUCCGGUCUGCCGUUCUGGUCCGGCCAAAAGAGGUGCCCUCAUCCUCUGACCUUUGACCCCAGCAAUACCACCCAUAUGGACUACAUCGUAGCAGCGGGUAACCUCUAUGCCCAGAUCUAUGGGAUCCAGGGGACGCGAGACCGUGCGUCCAUAGGGGAGGUCCUGCAGCGGGUCCAGGUGCCCAGCUUCUCACCCAGGUCCAAUGUAAAAAUCCAUGUGACCGACCAGGAGAUGGAGAAGGAUAAGGGAGAUGUGGACAAGGCCAAACUGGAGGACCUGAAGAAGAGGCUCUCUCCUGCCCCGCAAGACGCAGCUGCCUUGCGGAUGUACCCGGCUGAGUUUGAAAAGGAUGACGAUUCCAAUUUCCACAUGGAUUUCAUCGUCGCGGCUUCGAACCUCAGGGCCGAGAACUACAACAUCCCUGCCGCUGACCGGCACAAGAGCAAGCUGAUCGCCGGGCGGAUCAUCCCGGCCAUCGCUACGACGACAGCAGCUGUGGCGGGCCUGAUGACUCUGGAGCUGUACAAGCUGGUUCAGGGCCACAGGAGGAUCGAGUCGUUCCGCUCAGCUUACAUCAACCUGGCCGUCCAGCAGUGUGUCCUGUCCGAGCCCCUCGGAGCCCCAACCUACCGCGUCGCUGGAAAGGAUUACUCCCUGUGGGAUGAUUUCCCGGUGCAGGGAAGAUCUGACGGCCAGAAGGAAAUGACCUUGGGAGAGCUCUUAAACCACAUCAAGCAAAAGUAUAACUUGGAGAUAACUGGCCUGUUUUAUGGAAACUCCAUGUUGUACAGCAGUGGCUCACAUGAGGAAAGGCUGCAACAAAGUGUUUCAGAUGUGGUGCAAACCGUUACCAAGGCUGAGAUCCCGGAGCAUGUGCAGUUUCUGGAACUCUUCGCCUCGUUCGCUGAGGAUGAGGACUGCGAGACGGUUCCGCCCAUCAGGUACCGCUUCAGAAACUGA